UUCUUUUCAUAGAAAAAAAAAAACAAAAAAAAAAAAGCUACUGGCCCUAAAAACAAUACGUAUUAUGGUUCGGAUUUACAUCCGUAGAUAAACUUUCCCUGAAAAGCAGACGAUUCUGUGUGCACAUGCGCAAACGUUCACUGACCAGAUUCACUCAAAAUGGCAGCAUGCAUAGAUGGUGUCACUGACAAUAUUUUACUUGUUACUGACUCUUAUAAAGUCACUCAUCAUAAGCAAUAUCCUGAAAAUACUACCUUUGUAUAUUCCUACUUUGAAAGCAGAGGUGGAAAAUUUCCAAAGACAGUUUUCUUUGGUUUGCAGUAUUUAAUAAAGCGAUGGCUUGUGGGUCCUGUUGUGACUAAAGAAAAAAUUCAAGAAGCUAAAGAAAUUUAUAAUUUACAUUUCGGGCAAGAUUUAUUCAAUGAAGAAGGUUGGAACUAUAUCUUAGAGGAACAUGAUGGUCACCUGCCAUUACGAAUCAAGGCUGUCCCAGAAGGAACUAUAAUUCCUUACAAGAAUGUAUUGUUUACUGUUGAAAAUACUGACCCAAAAUGCUUCUGGCUUACAAACUAUUUCGAGACACUCUUAGUUCAAGUUUGGUAUCCGAUGACUGUAGCUACAAACUCUUACUAUCAGAAAGAUCUAAUCGCUAAAUGUAUGCAGGAGACAGCAGAUGAUUUUUCUGGUCUGUCUUACAUGUUGCAUGAUUUUGGUUUCCGUGGGUCAACAUCCGUUGAGUCAGCAGGAAUAGGAGGUGCCGCCCAUCUGGUGAAUUUUGAAGGGACUGAUACGAUAGCAGCAUUAACAAUUGCCAAGAAUUUUUAUGACUGUGAUAUUGCUGGAUACUCUAUUCCUGCUGCAGAACAUAGCACUAUAACAACUUGGCAAAAGGAUGGAGAAGUGAAUGGAUUCCGAAAUAUGUUAGAGAAAUUUCCAGAAGGUAUUGUUGCAUGUGUUAGUGACAGUUACAAUAUCUGGAAUGCAUGUGAGAAUCUCUGGGGAGAACAGUUAAAAGACGUCAUCAUUGAAAGAGGAGAACGUAAUGCACGAUUAGUUGUGAGACCAGACUCAGGAAAUCCCUCAGAUGUUGUAAUCAAGGUUCUUGAAAUUCUUGGCCGUAAAUUUGGAACCAGCACAAACAGUAAAGGCUAUAAGUUACUUCCUCCUUAUAUCCGUGUUAUUCAAGGCGAUGGUGUAUCAUACGAAACAUUGGAAGAAAUAGGUAGAAACUUGAAAAGACAUGAAUGGAGCAUUGAUAAUGUCACUUUUGGCAGUGGAGGUGCUUUAUUACAGAAAAUUGAUAGAGAUACUCAGAAAUGUGCUUAUAAAUGCAGUUCAGCAGUUAUCAAUGGAAAAGAGGUUUCUGUUUUCAAACAGCCGAUCACUGAUUCUGGGAAGAAAAGCAAAAAAGGUCGAUUGACUCUUGAACUCAAGGACGACCAGUAUGUGACAGUUCAAAGAGGAAAGGGUGAUACUAAUAAAGACAUUCUUGUAACUGUCUUUGAAAAUGGGAAAUUAUUGAAAGAUUUCACUUUUGAAGAGAUUCGUAAGAGAGCUGAGAUUGACUUGUUGAAGGAUAAAUGAAAUCUUCUUAAAGACCAAAGACAGAAUUUAUUAUAAUAUGCUUCUUUCUGAUCUCCAUGAUCUCCACAGCAUAGAAGGUUUGUUGUUUCUGCACUUGAGUCAGAGUUAUAUGGUAUCAUUACUGUUAUUUCAAUGAGUAUAACCAGAUUAUACUACAGUAGCACUUCUAUAAUCUCAGUAUGUAUACAUUUACUUCUGUCUGUUGUUGCCAUUCUGUUGUUGUUGAAGUAUUUUACUUAAACAUAGAAUCACAUUUGCUGAAUAUGUAAAGGUGUUAUACCAGUGUUUUUGGUGCUAUAGAUCACUUAGAUCAGUUUUUGAUGGAUGUAUUUUUGGGUAAUUUUUCUUACCAUUUUGUUUCUUACAAUUUCUAAAUACCAUGAUUGUUAAAGACUACACAGAUUGAAUUAUAUUAUAAUAUUAAUAUAUUAGCUGAGGUAUUUGUUGCUGUGCUGUUCUCAUAAUUUCUUUCCUAUAUCUUUAAACAAAAAUCCUGAAUAUUUUACAUUGUAAAAAGAAUUGUUUGAGGUUAGUUGUUGAUAUUUAGUUUUAUAAAGUAUCAUAAAUCAUUUAUCUAAGAACUGUAAUCAUGUGAGUUAAUAAGAUAGCCUCUAUAUAUUCUUUUGAUCUGCAAGAAAUAUCAGCUAAUCUCUCUUAAGCCACACUCUAUCAUCUUAAAAAGGACACAUUGGAUAAUGUAGUCUUAGAUACACUGCCUGAAUAAAAAAAAA